AUGGCGCUGCAGCCGCACCACUGGAGCGGCAACAUGGAAUCUGUCCUUUCUCUUGCCGGCCGUCAUAGAGUGAUCAUCGGAAAAGAAGAUAAAGAUGCUGAAGCGGAAAAUUCAUCGAUUCUUUCAAUUCCACCAUCAACGCACCGAAUAGACACCACAUCGACCUAUUCAUCUGGGACUUCUCUCUCUAAUAAUACAAUUCUUCCAAUUCCACCAUCAACGCACCGAAUAGACGCCACAUCGACCUAUUCAUCUGGGACUUUUCUCUCUAAUAAUACAAUUCUUCCAAUUCCACCAUCAACGCACCGAAUAGACACCACAUCGACCUAUUUAUCUGGGACUUCUCUCUCUAAUAAUACAAUUCUUCCAAUUCCACCAUCAACGCAGCGAAUAGACACCACAUCGACUUCUUUCUCUAAUAAUACAGUAUGUCUAUAA